GUGGCGUGGUAUCGUCUAUGGACGCCGCUUCUCCGCGUUUUUCUCCGUCCGGCUUGUGAUGCGACCACGUGACGUUGCGGUGGCUCCCUCGCCUUCCACCAUCUUCCUGGAUGUGACCUGCUUGAGCGACGUAACCACGCUCCCCUUGAAUGUCGGGGUUGUUCGGCCGGAUUGUGCACACCCGGUCUGCACAUGCAUUGUUGCACUUGUGUCUGCCGUAUGAUAGACGUCGUGGCACUUCGUUGCCAAGCAUUGUUUUAUCAGAACGUCGCUUUGAUGACUGUGAUUGGCUGCAGCUAGCUGUUAAUCAAUACUAGGCAGAUCGGUCGCGAUCUGUUUAAAGCGAUGGCAGUUGAUUCCAGUAAAACCAUCGUAACCGGAAAUCGUCGUCGGUAAACGAGUAUUGUAAUGACUAAUUAGACGCGGAAAGUAUCGUCCACAGGCGGCUGGUUGUAAAUUUCGGUGUGAUUAUCGAUUUUCGGCCGUCGCUCACGAUGAACGUAAUAUCUCGGCCGAAACCUAGCAGCGAAAGCAGCAGUGAUCUAUCAAGCAAGCAGCAACGUGGCGGCAGUUGCUUUGUGCUGAGUGAAAUCUCGUGUUUGCCCCCCCCCCCCCCCGUCGGUAUGGCUCGUUUCACACGCGUUGGUAAAAUCCGCAUAACAUACAUAAUGCAGAGGCAAGAAGAAACCAUUCAAAAAGAGUUGGAGACAGUGACGAAAUCUCGUCGAUCAAAUAUUAUAUAUAUAUAUAUAUAUAUAUAUAUAUAUAUAUAUAUAUAUAUAUAUAUCAGGAGUUCCCUCGAGAUAACAACAAUUUAUGCGUUUCGUUGCCACGCGAAAAGGUUAAAAUGGCUUCCAUUAUAUAGUGACCGAAAUUUCUUAAUAAAAAUGUAUUUUGAUCUUGGAAUGGCAUACAAAGAUAUACUGCUCAUGCUAGGUCAUCACCACGACAGGCUUUUAAGUAAAAGGCACCUUGAACGGAUAUUAAGUGCAGCGCAUCUUCAUUGUAGAAGAUACAGCCGUGUGGACGAUGUUGUACAAUUCAUCCAGAGUCAGUUACAUGGUUCGGGCCAAUUACACGGGUAUCGCAUAAUGUAUGCCAAAUGUCAACAAAGUGGCAUUCGUGUAAGAAAAGAGGAUGUACGAUUGAUACUAACAAGUCUCUUGUCAAGACGUGCCUACUUUGCGAACGGACCCAAUUACAUCUGGCAUGUCGAUGGUUAUGACAAGUUGAAACCAUACGGAUUAUGCAUAAGCGGAUGAAUAGACGGUUUCUCAAGAAAAACAAUCUGGUUAAAUGUGUACAGUACAAAUAAUGACCCAACAAUAAUUGGAGGAUACUUUUUAGAAGCUGUGAAGGAGUGUGGAGGGUGUCCCCAAGUCGUGCGCGGUGACCGCGGCACGGAAAUUGUACAUAAAAAUGGAACGAUAUAAUAUCUCGUGGGAACGAGAUAAAAUAAUCCCGGGCUCUGUAGUCCUGGCCCCUUUUAUCAGAUGAAAGUAACGUGCGUGAGAAUUGUAUUUUAAAGCCAUGUCUUUGAAGCGAUGCGCCUGUUUGUCCGAAACCGAUGGGGACCACUGCAUGUGUGUGUGUGCGUGCGUGCGUGCGUGCAUGUAUGCGUGCGUGCGUGCGUGCGUGCGUGUAUAUAUAUAUAUAUAUUGUAUUGUAUAGGUAUUGUAUAUUUCUUGGGUUCUUGGGAGUAUCGUGUAGAGGUUUAUGUGAAUGAUGACAUUUUGGACUACUCUCUGGCACGCUGUACUAAUAUCACAGUGAGACCAGCUUUGUGCGUUCGCUACAUUAUUAAUAUCUUCGCAUUAAUAUCUGGUGAGCAUUUUAUAAGGGUAUAUAUUUCAGGGUUAUGCUUGAUUUUCUUCUCAAGUCAGUUUUUUUUCCAAUCAUGGCAUCAGUUACGAUAUUAGAACACACGUGAACACAUGUCUGUAUGUGUGUGCGUACGCGCGCGUGCAUGCGUUCGCAUGUGUGUGUGCGCGCGUGCGUGCGCGCGUGCGUGCGUUCGCAUGUGUGUGUGCGCGCGUGCGUGCGUUCGCAUGUGUGUGCGUGUGUAUGUAUGUAUAUAUAGAUCUGUGUUGAUGAGUAUAGGCCUAUCCCGUGACGUUAAUUUUCUGUAUAAAAGCAACUUUGUAUACCAGCGCAUGCCCAGACCCGCCUCCGAUCCAUGUUCACUAGACUUCUCCCUUUCCAGUAUUCCUAGACCUGCUCCUGUCAGGGCGUGGUGGCGUAAUGUCAGGUAAUCUAUCUAUCUAUGUAUCUAUCUAUCUAUCUAUGUAUCUAUCUAUCUAUCUAUCUAUCUAUCUAUCUAUGUAUCUAUCUAUCUAUCUAUCUAUCUAUCUAUAUCUGUAUAUAUGCGUGUGCGUUUGUGGAAAACUGUAAUAAGAUCUGUAGGUGUAAAAACUUGUGUCAGUGGAAAAUAAAUGAUUUUGUGCCUUUACCCUAUA